AUGCGACAGUUUGCUGAUUGUAUCCAACAGUCUGGCCUGAUUGUAAUAGACACAGUGGGUGACAGAUUCACUUGGGAAAGGAACAAUAUCAAAGAGAAAAUUGACUGGGCCUUUGGAAAUGAGGAAUGGAAUUGGUUGUGGCCGACUGCUAAGGUUCACCAUCUUAGCAGAUAUGGGUCCGAUCAUAGGCCUCUGUUCCUGAAUUGUAAGCCUGAAGAAGUCCAACAAAGAAGGAAAACUCCCUUUAGGUGUCAUGCAGCCUGGUUACUUGAAGAGGGAUUUAUUGAGGUGGUAAAGAAUGCUUGGGAGAGGGGGGAGUGGCUUGAUAAAGUUCAAACUUUUGUAGAGGAAGCUAGGAUUUGGAACAGGAAUAAUAUUGGGAAUUUAUCUGUCAAGAAGCAAAACUUAAUAAGAAGAAUUGAAGGCACUGAUAGAGCAAGAUCAAGAAGAGAUAACUAG